CACAGUUUACUGAGCAGGACUUUGGCUUCUCCUUUUCUUUGUGUCUGCAGAGUUCUUCAAACAACUCCACCAAACUGCCUAAACCCACCUGGCAACAUGUCCCUUCUCACUCACCUGUUGGCAUGUUUGUUCGGUAUGGGCUCCUGGGUCUCCAUCAAUGGUCUGUGGGUGGAGCUGCCUCUGAUUGUCCCCCAGAUCCCGGAGGCUUGGUACCUGCCCUCCUACCUCUCAGUCAUCAUCCAGAUGGCCAACAUCGGGCCUCUCUUCGUCACUCUGAUGCAUCGUUUCCGACCAGGUGCUCUGAACGAGACAGCUGUCAUAUAUGUGAUCAUCGGCCUGGGCACUGUAGCAACUUUCCUGCUGGGAUUCUUCUGGAAGGAGACUGUGGUUGUAGCAGGUGUGGCUCGCAGCGUGCCUCUCCUUGUUUUAACUUUCUUCCUCGCUGCUGUUGACUGCACUUCCUCCGUCACCUUCCUGCCCUUCAUGAUGCGUCUCAAGUCUCAGUAUCUGACCACCUACUACAUCGGGGAGGGUGUGAGUGGCCUGCUGCCGUCUCUUGUGGCUUUAAUCCAAGGUGUAGGGCUCGUCCACUGCAUAAACAGCACACAGUCUGUGAACUACACCCUCAACAUUCCCAACGGUUCAGUGACCUCUGACCUCCAGGCCCAGUAUCAGCCUGCAAACUUCUCGACUGAGGUGUUUUUCUUCUUCCUCAGCGCCAUGAUGCUGGUGUGCCUGGGGGCUUUCCUGCUCCUGAACUACCAUCCAUCUGUGGCCAGGGAGCAGCCAAACAGCAAAUACACCAACGGAGUGAAACAAAAAACAAAAAACAGGGAGUUGGUCGAGCAGAAGCCGAUGAUGGAUCCUUUCAGACCAGAAAACCAGAAGCCCAGAAGCAGCUUUGGCACCGGCUCUUACAGCUGGAUGGAGGUGUUUUAUAUCUUUGGGAUUCUGGCCUGGGUGAACGCUCUGAGCAACACGGUUCUUCCCUCGGUGCAGUCCUACUCGUGCAUGCCAUACGGGAACAACGCCUACCACCUGUCGGCCAGUUUAGCUGCGUUGUCCAACCCUCUGGCAUGCUUCAUCGCCAUGUUCUUACCAAUCAGAUCCCUGCUUUUCAUGGGAGCCCUCACAGUGAUUGGCACUGGAGUUGGAGUUUAUAUAAUGAUCAUGGCAGUGCUGAGUCCAUGCCCACUGCUGGUUAAUGAUACUUCAGGUGGUGUUAUCAUUGUGUUGGCCUGGGUCCUCUUUAUUCUCACGCUGUCUUAUGUGAAGGUGAUAAUUGGGGUGAUCCUUCGUGAUGAAGGCCACAGCGCCCUCGUGUGGUGUGGAGCUGUAGUGCAGCUGGGCUCUCUGCUGGGAGCUGUGACCAUGUUUCCUCUGGUCAGUGUGUACGACUACUUUUCAUCCGGAGACCCGUGCAACACAAAAUGCUCCUGAAUGAAGUCACAAAGAAGACACUGGAAACAGACUCAGUAAUGACUCGCAUGUUUGUGAGUGAAAUGAGGAAAAUCAGUUUAUAUAUUCCUGCUUUUGCUAUCCAACGAGUACAUGUAUGCAUGUAUUGAUCCAGAUAAGUAUGAUGUUCAUUUAUGUAAUUUGAACAGCUUUAGGUCACGUGGGACAGGUCAACAGAGCUAGUUAGUCUGAGUUAGUCUGAAUGCCAGAAUCUUAUUUCAGUUAGUUCGGCUGAUCUUCUGUCUGAUAACAGUUUUGGGAUUUUCACUGUUCUGGAGCAUGAGCAGUGCGCUAUAAAUGAUGUUUAAAAGUGGGGAUAAUAACAAACUUUGAGCCAUAUUAAAUGGGGCAACUUAGCCACAAUCACACAGAAGUGCGUACGGGUGUUCAGCAGGUGAUCCAUGCACUAAUUUAAAUAAUAACCAUUAUUUUGCCGACUGCAGCGCAAAUUAGCAGCCAAAAGCCAGCAGACCUGAUGUGUGAGCUACUUAUCUCCGAACCAUCUCGGUGAACUCUUCUGCUACAAACUGCUGGGCCUGUGUGGUCCUGUCGGUGUGUACUGUAACAGCUGAUCUGAAUGCUGUGUAGAAACAUCAUGCAGAUGACGUAUGAUCAGGUACUUGUUAGAUACCGUAACCCACAGACAAUCUAUCACACUGACACAGCUCUAUUACCAGCAGCAUUUCGAGAGACAUUUCAAUUUUGCAUGUGAGCGCUGUGACACGAGAAAGAAGUCAAAUAAAAUGUGUGGGAAGUGCUGAAA